CUCCCAUUCAUUCAGUGACUACUUAGCACUCCUGUGGUAUAUAUGUAUAUAAUAGUGGACCACCAGUCACUUGGUGCGUUUCCACCAUGGCUAUCACACUACGGACUUUUGUGAUACUUCUGAAUCUGGUGACUUUUGCCAUCUGUAUUACACCAGCUGACAAGAAGGAUGACAUCAAAGUCGACGCCAAAGAAAACAAAGAUGAUCUCGAACCUCAGGAAACGGGUUGGAUUUUUAACCCACUUCAAGAUAAAGCACGAGCACUGGAAUCUCUGAAAGACAAAGUCCUCUAUCCGUUUUCUGCUUUGAAAUCGACUGGAGGCUACCCCACCUACACCGCUGGUGUUACUAACACCUACAACCCCUGGAGCUACCCGUCCUACUCCUUCACCGGAAGUAGCUACUACCCUUACCCCAAGCCGAAGCAAUACAACUACAGUCCAGGAUGGUCCUACAAGAAACCUUACGCUACAUAUCCAUACAAAUCGUGGUACAACAAAAACUACUACACUACAGGAGGAUACCACAUCAACACUGCUACCUACGCUCCCAACUGUUACUACCCCUCGUCUGGUGCUUCUUACCCCUCUUCUACAGCAGCCCCACCGAGCUACACAUCAGGAACUCCACUUUAUUACUACUACUCCAGCGGAUCUCCUUCUCAGUCUUAUGGAGUUCCUGGGGUUAGUUUUGGAGCAAAAGCUGCAGUAAAUGUUGCUUCCAAACCGGAGCCGGUUUCAUAUUCUAGUCAUUUCCAACCGUCGGCCCCUCAAGUGCCCUUUAGUUCUUACUCCUUCAGAGUUUCAUCUCAACCUCAGUUUUCAGAUGGUAAUUCUCAAAUUUCAAAUCCAUCAUCCGCACUUCCAGCUAGUCCUUCCCUACCCUUUUCUUCUUCGUUGUCUAGUAUCUCAAGCUCAACGUAUUCUCCACCAUCAUUCCCAUCAGUACCGUCCACUCCAUCCCCUCCAUUCUCAUCACCGAUUCCUCCAUCGGUAGUUUCUACAACGCCCAGCCCACCUCUGAUUUCUCAAAGUUCCAUUUCCUCUGGUCCGUCUUCAAUCCCGAUUCCAAUCGCUUACAGCGGAGACGAAGGCAUUUCACAAGAAAUAAUAAUAACUCCCCCACCAUCGAGUGGAAACGGUCACUACGUCAGUACUUUACCAGGAGCUAAGAUCGCUCUUCCAGAAUCAUCAUACUCAUACAAUCAACCUCAGUACGCGGUCGCUUACUACCCAAAUGUAUUUUACAUCUCUAACGAACAGCGGUUGGAGAAAACAUCUUCUACACAAUCUGUAGGGGGAACUAAUGAUGUGCCUGAAGAUGGAACUGUUGUGGAUUCUUCCUCUACAUCGGCUCCCUCUUCGGAUUCCCAAAGCAAGGACGUAUCUUCUCCUGCUACUAAAUCUCAACAGUCUCUUGGUCCGUUACCAGGACCAGGCUUGACUACGUUCUACUCCUCACAGACUUUGGAUCAAACUAGAAUUCCUAUUUCCUCUCCAGGUCAGUUCGUCGCCCAACAAACUCCAGGAAGUUACUACUCCUCGGCUGUUGUGCCGAGUUUCUAUAGUGGAGUUAGUGGUUCGUACGCCUUGCCGCCAGGAGCGCCUAAUACCUUCUCUGCUUUGACCCUUCCACUGCCAAUCGGCUACUCACAUGGACAACCUCCAGCGGGUUAUCAGAUAACACGAACGACAAAAGAUUGUUGAAACUUGCUCAUUUCACACAUGUAACUUAAAGUUGUAUUUAGGUUUUUUACAAUAAUAAAAUAUAUCUUACGAAAAGUUUUACAAUUUAUACUUAAGUAUGUUAACUAUCAAGUUUUCUACAAAGUACGUUAGGAUAUUUUAUUUAUUUAGUUUAGAUAUUUCUAGUGUAAAGUUUAGCUAGUUGAACAACAACGCACUUAACAUGAUUUGGAGAGGCUGGCUGUAUUAAUAACCAAAAUGUUUCGAACUAAUAUGAGUUAACCACAUCACCGAGAUUACGGUGAUGUGUUGGCGUUACACGUGCAACCACAAGUGGACAGAGUUUCUGAUUAAAGUUAAAAUCUGAUAGUGAGUUU